GUUUUCGCUCGAGUAGAAGGUUACAUUUCCAAGAACGACUGAGCUCCUAUCCAGUACAACUUCUUCCUCACUUUUGCUUUUUCUACUCUUGUUCAAAGAUGUAGCUGGGAACGGGGACAGUUCGUGCCUUUUCUCGCUGCGCGCCGCGCACGCUUCUGGUGCCGCCGGACGCCGGCCGAUACUGCCGCCAGUGGUGCGGGGAAUACAACAAAAGAACUGCAUAGUACGCGACAAGAACGAGAUGCCGAAAGCUCCUCCUCUUUGGUCGGUGCUGCUGUUGCACCCGCCAUGGAAGACCGCCGAUGGACUCAGUCUCGCCGAUAAUAAUCGCGAUCCACCAAAACCGGCACACAUGAAGAAAUCGUUCCUUGCGCCCUCGAUGGAGAGUAGAAAAAGUUCCGGAACUUCUACGGACACGAAAUCUUCCGCGGCCGCCGGGCCGCCCUGCGCCUGCGAGGCCACCAACCCGAAGUGGCAGCCGCCGGUGCCGCGCGACCCGAUGUGCUUCUUCAUCGACGUGGGGGCGGGGCGCGGGGACAGCGAGCUGGCCUUCCUCGGCGAGCACGGGGGGCAAACGAGCACGGGCGGGCAAGGGCAGCAGCUGACCUUCGACACGGGUGCGUGGAAGAAGGAGGAGUGCUUGUCCUACCUGGUGGAGCCGAACUCCAACUUCGGGCCGUCGCUGACGGAGUAUCAGAGUGCACAAGCACAACACUCCCCCUCGUUUGUCAUGCAAAAUCCCGAUCCCACUUGCUGCAGUGUGGGUCUGUUUGCAUGACAAAUUCUGGAGGAACGCGUACUGGUGUUUGUAUUCGGUGUAGUUCAUGCAAUACAAAUGGGGUUGAACAACGGGAGUAGUUGUGCACUCUCAUACGGAGGUGGCACGACGGGUGCCCGGGCGGAUCUUCCCGAUGGUGCAGCAGGCUGCCUACAUGUGCGAUAAGCAAAACGAAACCUUCUACCUCGAUACCGCGGGGCCGCACGCCCGGGGGUCGGCGAUCGACCCGCAUCACAGCGACAUCCAGCGCCAGGGCACCGCGAAAACGCCUGUCAAUGUACUGACUUUUGAUAGAUACAACCCUUGUAGCAGCUUAGUCAGUUCACAAAGACAAAUUAAUCAGGUUUCUUCAGGCAAUUCAGCAUGACAAAUUCCACAGGUCACACUGGUGAACCUGCUGCGGUGGUUGCGCGAGGGCGUGUUACCGGAGGACCACCUUGUUUUGAAGAUGGAUGCGGAGGGCGCGGAGUGGGACAUUAUCCCCUGCCUGGCGAAGAACCCGGACAUCUACAAGCUGAUUGACGUGAUGUACCUGGAGGACCACUGCCCGCGCGGCCAGUACUGCUGCUUCGAAAACCUCCACACGGUCCACGGCGAGCAGCAGUGCGACCCCACCCCGCAGGGCCAGUGCUGGUGCCCCUCCAAGGGACAGGCGGGCAACACCCGGGCGGACUUCGACGCCGCACUGAACACGCUGAAGAGCGCCGGGGUCAAGUUUCCGCCCUACUUUUCGGAAACUUGA